AUGUCACCAGAAGAAUUCUGGUUCAAACUUGCAUUGGCCGUUAUAUUGGUCCUUGUAGGUGGAUUGUUUGCUGGCUUAACACUUGGCUUAAUGAGCUUGGAUGGAACAAAUCUUCAUAUAUUGGCCACUUCUGGUGAUCCUAAACAGAGAAAGUACGCCGCACGCAUUCAACCAAUUCGCGAAAAUGGACACCUGCUGCUCGUUACACUUCUCUUGGCCAAUGUCAUUGUCAAUGAAACAUUGCCCAUUAUAAUGGAUGAUUUAAUCGGCGAAGGUUUAAUUGCAAUUCUGAUAUCGAGUGCUCUUAUUGUCAUAUUUGGAGAAAUCAUACCGCAAAGCAUAUGUUCUAGAUUUGGGCUAGCUGUUGGUGCAUUUUUUGCUUGGCCUGUUAAAAUCUUUAUUUGGAUAUGUUUUCCUAUUGCAUAUCCCAUAGCCUGUUUAUUGGACUAUAUGCUGGGAAAAAGUCACGAACUCAAAGAGUUAAUUCAAUAUCACGAGACGUCAACUGACCGUGGAGGCGAUCUUGUGUCGGACACGGUGACAAUAAUACAAGGGGCACUUGACUUGCAGGAGAAGACGGUCGAAUCUGCAAUGACACCAAUGUCAGAAACAUUCAUGAUGCCAUAUGAUGCCAUCAUUGACAGGAAAACUAUGGAGCAGAUUGCAAAAGAAGGACAUUCAAGGAUCCCCGUAUAUAGAGAAACGAGGGAAAACAUUAUUGGACUCUUGUUGGUAAAGGUAACGUAUCCAUGGUACAACACUCGCGUGACAUGGCAACAAAAGUCGUAUAUAGUCAAUCUUACUCUCCGCAAGCCUCUUUAUAAAUUUGAAAUAUAUCCAGUUCCACAUGUGAACGCUGACGUUCCGUCGUUCGACAUGCUAAAUACAUUCCAAGAAGGACGGAGUCACAUGGCGAUCGUCACAUCCACUGACGAUGGUAAACCCAUUGGCAUUAUUACACUUGAAGACGUGUUGGAAGAAUUAAUUCAGGAGGAAAUAUACGAUGAAACGGAUGUACGCGCUGGGCUGGCAGUUCCGCUGGCUAGCGGUGACCAAGUUAUUCUGGCAUCAAAGAGAGGGAGGGCAUUGGCUGACCACCAUAUUGUAGUAACGACGUGCAACGGAUCUAACGGACCCAGAAAAAAUAGGUUCAAGAGUAGACCGGUACCUCCCAGAUCAAGGACAGAUCCUGGGUAUGCUGGCAGCAACGGAAAUCUGCCGUCAGCGCAGCUGGAGCAAGCAAUGCUACCAACUAGCCCGGGAACGCUAAUCGAUUGGGGCAAGGGUCAGGAAUAUCACGCGGGAGAAGAUGUUGCAAGCGAGCCAGAUUUACUUUAUUAA